AUGAUCCGCGGACCGGUCGUGGUCGCUGCCCUGCCGCCGUCGUCGUUGUCGUUGUUAUUGUCGUUGUCGUUGUCGUUGUCGUUGACGACCGCCUGGACGACCGCCGUCGGCCGGCCGGUGGAGAUCCGCGCGGCCGUCAUACUGCCCGCCGAGUCCAAGUUCAUCACCACGCUGUCCAAGGUGAUGCCCGUGCUGGACAUCGCCGUCCGCGACCUGUACGCCAAGGGCAUACUCCGGGAGACGGACGUCACGUUCAGGUUCAUGCAAAAGGACGACAAGUGCGAGGACAUCGAGGCCAUGCGCUCCGGUUUCGAGCUGAUCAUCAACGGUCGCGUCGACCUGUUCCUGGGACCCACUUGCGACUACGGAGUCGAUCUCGUUGCUAGGAUGAUAAAGUUUUGGAAUGCACCAUUGCUCACGACGGGUGGUUUUACAAAUGAUUUUUCAUUGGACAAACGUGAUCCAAAAAGCAAGUAUUUCCUAUUAGUCCGUACAGGCACGUUGGAUUUCCAGGACAUAGCGGACGUGGUGGUCAGCGUUUUGAACAGGGUUAUUUUAGGUAUUCGUGGAAAAACGUAUUACUCGUAUACGAUAUUGACGGCUACUGGAGAGUAUCUGGAAAACAGUCUUGUGGAUUGAUGACGAAAACUCUGGUUGAGAUGUUCAAAGGGAAUGCGAGCAUCAGAUACAAUGCAUUCGAUUUGGCGAAA